UUGCUUGAGUUAGUUUUUGUUGUUUUGGCAAAAAAAAAUAAAAAUUUUUCUGUUUUGCAAGAAAAAAAUUAAAAACGCAAUUUAUUAUUCCAAACGUUGCACUUUUGCAACCUUUUUUUUUUUAUUUAUUUGCCGGUUACUCGUAUUCUCGUAUUAAAAAAUUGCUGUCGCCGUGGUCGUGUCGUUCUGUUUUUUUGCUACUUUUUUUCGAAUAAAGUAUCUGUAUCAAGUAUAAAAGUGUCACUUUACAACCCUAUCCGGCUGCAAGCAAUACCUCUACUCUUAACGUAAAGGAAAAAAAUACUAAACCUUUGACAACAAGUAGAGUAGAGAGUUGGAGGUUUAGAGUGGGGCCAUUGGCUUUUUAAAACGAACCCCGCUAACAGUUUGUGUCUCAACUGGGUGUGAAUUAUGUAACCAGAACACCUCAAACAACAUUUCUGAUCAACUUAUAACCAAAACAACAACAAAAAGUGUAUCUAAUAGAGCCAAUUUAUUGAACAAUAAUAAAAAAAACUUAAAUUAACCAAAUUAAUACGAAAAAAAAAAUCAUUUGAUCACGGUCGUCGGUUGUGGAAGUGCGUCCAAUUUAGUUGUGUUGAUAAGAUUGACACUGCAAAGCAAAAAAAAAAAAAAAUAGAAUGUGAUUGCAAAAAAAAAUAUAAUACAAAAAUCAAUUUGUUAUAGUAAAAGAUACGCACUGUCGUAUUAUUUCGACCAGAAGUUCGAAGUGCGUCUAUCUGAAGUGAAGUGUUGCGAAGAAGUAUAAUAUUCUUAUCGCUUUUUUGAUUUAUUGAAAUAUUUUUUUUUUAAGUCUAUUUUUGAGAAUUUAAGAUAACAUUGUGCGUGUGGUUUAGAUAUUAGAAAAAAUAUCGUUGAAAGAAUUGUGUUUAUCGAAUAAUUGAAAAAUAAAAAUUAGUACAUAUUUUAAAAUUCGGAAUAAAAUUUGUGUUAAAUAAAUUUAAUUUUUUUUUAACAAUAAGAUGGCACGACAAAUUAAUCAAGAUACAUGGGCAGUAUGCUGUUUUGCUGCUACAGUGCUGAUGUUUGGAAAUUGCAUUUUAGCAUCACCUGAUCCUCUAAAAUGCGAAGGCGUCAAAUGCCCCCCAAUGUCCGAAAUAACUUGCCCCGAAGACAGUCAACUUCGUGAAUACAUCGAUGUUUCAUCGACCGAAAUUACCAAUGAUACUUCCGAGAUCAUUGAAGAACUUUUGCAUGAAUGCUGUGUAGCUAGGAAAUGUGCCUGUAAGCUUUGCCAUAUUCCGUCAUGUGACAACAGUUCCUUGGUAAUCUACGAAGUCGUUCCGGAAACUCAAAUUCCCGGUCGCUGUUGUGGCGAAUACGAAUGCAGAGUCGAGCCAAAUUGCACUGCAACUCGGGACACCGAUAUCUGGCUAACAGAUUGUCAAAGGUGCAAAUGUGUCUAUGGACAGCGAAUCUGUCACAAGUCUUGUGAUGAAGUUAUACCAAAUCCUGACACAGCCUAUUGCAAGUCGAAAACUUUAAACCGUUUCUUCUCACAUGGUGAAACCUGGAAGAGUGGCUGUUAUGAGUGUGAAUGUCUAAAUGGUGAAGAAAAAUGUUUAAUGCCAUUUUGCAGAGGUGCCAACUGUCCUCAUGAAAGACAAGUCACUUUGAAGGGAAGCUGUUGUCCUAUUUGUUGGCCAGAUAAUGCUCCUUUGCCAGCUCGAGAUGGUGAUGAUUACUUUGAAGAAGAUGAAGAUUCGACAUUCGGUUUAGAUGAAUUCGAAGAUCCAGCUUCACCAGCUCCAAUUGCCCCGGUUAUAAUUGCAAAGCCUUUAACUACUUCAACUUCAACCACAACUUCGUCUACAACAACAACUUCUUCAACAACAACUACCACAACUCAAGCCCCACCACCACCACCGCCUUGUGUUGUUAGUGAAGAUUCAUCAGCUACCUAUGCAGUCUACCCAGAAGUUGUUGAAGUUGUUCAUGCUCCGAGUGACCACAAUGUUCUCUACAUCAUAAUUGGAUUCGAGACCAUUUUGUUGGUCAUUUUAAGUGGAAUUAUUUAUCAAUUACGAGCUAGGAAACAUUCCUACAAUACAGUCUCGAACUUCGAUGAUAAUUUUAAUAAUUGUCAAAAAACUUCACUUAAAAUUGAAAAAAUGGGUGAACUUAUCUAAAAACUUUUUUAAAAAGAGAGCUUAUUUAGCAAAAAUAAAAUAUAUAACAAAAAC